UACCUAGUCCAAGUUAUCGCGAGAUCUGAGGGCUCGGUGCGGGAUGGCUGCGGAACCGGGCGGAGCUGGUUCGUGGCGUCCGGAGCCGGCUCACGGGCCCCAGACAUGGCCCGGGGUCUCAGCCCGCUAGGCCGGCCUCGCCUCAAUACGGUCGCCAUGCCCAAGAGAGGAAAGCGACUCAAAUUCCGGGCCCAAGACGCCUGCUCGGGGCGAGUAACCGUGGCGGAUUAUGCCAACUCGGAUCCAGCGGUCGUGAGGUCUGGACGGGUCAAGAAAGCGGUGGCCAACGCCGUUCAGCAGGAAGUAAAAUCUCUUUGUGGCUUGGAAGCCUCCCAGGUUCCUGCAGAGGAAGUUCUUUCUGGGGCUGGUGAGCCCUGUGACAUCAUUGACAGCAGUGAUGAGAUGGAUGCCCAGGAGGAAAGUGCCCAUGAGAGAACUAUCUCCAGAAAAAAGAAAAGCAAGAGGCACAAAGAAGACCUAGACGGGGCUGGAGGAGAGGAGUACCCCAUGGAUAUUUGGCUGUUGUUGGCUUCCUACAUCCGUCCUGAGGACAUUGUAAACUUCUCCCUGAUUUGUAAGAAUGCCUGGACUGUCACUUGUACUGCUGCCUUUUGGACCAGGUUGUACCGAAGGCACUACACGCUGGAUGCCUCUCUGCCUUUGCGCCUGCGACCAGAGUCAAUGGAGAAGCUGCGCUGUCUCCGGGCAUGUGUGAUCCGAUCUCUGUACCAUAUGUAUGAACCAUUUGCUGCUCGAAUCUCCAAGAAUCCAGCCAUUCCAGAAAGUACUCCCAGCACUCUAAAGAAUUCCAAAUGCUUACUUUUCUGGUGCAGAAAGAUUGUUGGGAAUAGACAAGAACCAAUGUGGGAGUUCAACUUCAAAUUUAAAAAACAGCCCCCUAGAUUAAAGAGCAAGUGUGUGGGACGACUGCAGCCCCCCAUUCAGUAUGAAGAUGUUCAUACCAACCCAGACCAGGACUGCUGCCUGCUGCAGGUUACCACCCUCAACUUCAUCUUUAUUCCAAUUGUCAUGGGAAUGAUAUUUACUCUGUUCACUAUUAAUGUGAGUACAGACAUGCGACAUCAUCGAGUGAGACUGGUGUUCCAAGAUUCUCCUGUCCGUGGUGGGCGGAACCUGCGUAAUGAACAGGGUGUGCAAGUCAUUCUGGACCCAGUGCACAGUGUUCGGCUCUUUGACUGGUGGCAUCCACAGUAUCCAUUCUCCCUGCGGGCAUAGUUAUUGCUUACCAUCCCUUGGGGCACCUCUGAGCCUGGUCCAUUAGUAAUGAGAUCCCGUUUGGAAGGGGCAGUUGGGUUGUAUAUCUGAUUAGUGAUGCAUGGGCUCUAUGGGGUCCUUGGGUUCCUAUUACAGGCAGGAGAAGGGUUGAAUCACGAAGAAAGACAACUAUGAUUUAUAAACAUUUUCAUGUAAAAUUUGCAUUUGAAAGGAGAAACCUGGCCUGUUUUUUUUUUUGUGUUAAAACCCCAUUUGGUGCUAUUGAGUUUGUUCUUUAUUCUUUUAUUCCAGUGAAAAUGAAUGAUCAAGCUCUAGGGAAAAAUUAGCUCUGAAAUCUUAAAGCAAGGAAGAUUUCCUUAGGAUUAGAGGAACCCGGCAUCCUAAAACUGUUACAUUGCUUCAGUGCAGCUGCUCCUCACAUUCAAGUGACUAUUCUCUCCCUUACCUUUCUUCAGUUCAAAUAAAGCAGGUGACAGGGUUUUCAGAAUCUUA